AUGACAUCCAACGAGGUUUAUUUGCUGCCGCUCAACGAUGAUGGCUCACCUCAGGUGCAGGGCGAAUACAUCUAUCUAGCCCCCAGGUCUCACGAGCCUGUGACCGUUCGCUUUGCCAUUGAGGGCACCUCGUCCAUUUGCCGUCAUGGCAGCCUCUGGGUCAACAUCCCCGAUGAAGGCGCCGAGUUCCGUCGCGAUCAUUUUCGCGAGUUCAAACUUACACCCGAUUUCAAUCGCACACUCGAAAUCUCCAUUCCCAUUUAUCAACCUGGCGCCUAUGCCUUCUACACUACCUACGCUGAGCUACCUGAUCUCAAGAAGGAGCUAGAAAACAGCUCUGAACAAAAGAAUAACCUCAAAAAGACUCCUCUUUACUACAUCGAUGUUGCGCCUAGGCUCAAGCUUGAUGGCCGGCCCUUGCCGCUGCCUGCGCUGUCAAUCUUCUCCGUCAUUAGCAAGUUUAUGGGCAAAUACCCCAAUGACUGGGAGCGCCACCUCCACGGUAUCAGUGAUCGCGGUUACAACAUGAUUCACUUUACUCCUCUUCAAGUGCGCGGAGUGUCCAACUCUCCAUACAGCUUGUAUGACCAGCUCGGUUGGGACCCUGAAUGCUUCCCUGCAGGCGAGGAGGAUGUGCAGAAGAUGGUGGACAGUCUUGAACGCAACCACUCCUUGCUGAGCUUGACAGAUAUUGUGUUGAACCACACAGCCAACAAUACAAAAUGGCUUGAGGAACACCCCGAAGCCGGUUACAACUUGAUAACAGCCCCAUGGCUCGAGUCAGCUUACCAACUCGACACAAGUCUCCUGGAGCUGAGCGACAACUUGGCCAAGCUCGGACUUCCCACUGAAGUCAAGUCUACAGAUGAUCUGGUGCUUAUCAUGAACGCCAUCAAGACCGAGGUCCUCGCCAAGAUAAGGCUAUGGGAAUACUAUGCGCUCGACGUUGACCGGGAUGCCGACGAGGCAGUCAAGGCCUUCUCGCAGGGAAGCAAAUAUAGCUCUGAGGACGCCUCGGAUUUCGAGAAGAAGUUGGAGAGCGCCAAAUCUGCAUCCGUUAAGGAGCAGGUCAAUUUCUUCAGGGAGGUUGGUAUGACUGGCACCGACCGAAUGGGCGAGCGUUUCCGCAGGCGCGUGAACCCUGAGGUAGCCGCGAGCUUCUUGGCAGGUUCUUCUGACGAGAACGCUGCAAGGGCCAAGAUCGUCGAGAUUCUGGAUAUCCUCAAUGUGGACUUCUAUAAGGAGUAUGAUGCCGAAGUAGACGAUAUACUUCAGCAGAUCUUCAACAGGAUUAAGUAUGUCCGACUCGAUGACCAUGGCCCCAAGCUUGGUGAGAUCAACAAGGAGAACCCACUGAUCGAGUCUUACUUCACGCGACUGCCUAAGAAUGAUACCACUUCCAAGCUUAAGCCCGAGGAGAUGGCGUUGGCCAACAACGGAUGGGUUUGGGGUGGUAAUGCACUGAUCGACAAUGCAGGCCCCGAAUCAAGGGUCUACCUUCGCCGAGAAGUUAUCGUCUGGGGCGAUUGUGUCAAGUUGCGAUACGGUUCAGGACCUGAAGACAACCCCUGGUUGUGGGAGCACAUGACCAAGUAUGCUCGUACACUCGCCAAGUACUUUGCCGGUCUUCGCAUUGAUAACUGCCAUUCUACUCCUAUCCACGUUGCCGAACACAUUCUUGACGAGGCGCGUCGGGUGCGACCUGACCUAUAUGUAGUCGCUGAAUUAUUCACUGGGUCUGAGGAGAUGGAUUACGUCUUUGUGAAGCGUCUCGGCCUCAGCUCACUCAUCCGCGAAGCCAUGCAGGCAUGGAGCACAGCCGAGCUCAGCCGACUUGUGCACAGGCACGGUGGCCGACCUAUUGGAAGCUUCGAGGUCGAUGAAGUCUCCAAGUCGGACGUCCGCACACCGUCAAGCAGCCCGACAAGACUCAAGAAUGGAGAGAAUGGAGACACCAACGGAAACGGACUGCGAUCCAGAGAAAUUAUCCGAACAAUCAAGCCCAGUCCUGUCCAUGCUCUUUUCAUGGACUGCACCCACGACAAUGAGACGCCAGCACAGAAGCGUGACGCUCGUGACACUUUGCCCAACGCUGCUCUUGUCUGCAUGUGCUCCAGUGCUACUGGAAGUGUUAUGGGUUACGAUGAGAUCUACCCCAAGCUUGUGGACUUGGUCAACGAGACUCGACUAUAUACAUCUGCCUCUUCCGGAUCGAAGCCGAUCAAGAUAGGAGGCGGCGAGGACGGUAUUGGUGGUGUCAAGAAGCUUCUCAACCAAAUCCACACCCUGAUGGGUAAGGACGAGUACGAUGAGACUCACAUCCAUCAUGAGGACCAGUACAUUACUGUUCACCGAGUGCACCCCGAAUCUCGUAAGGGUUACUUCCUCAUCGCGCACACUGCCUUCCCAGGCUAUGGCAACGGAAACGGCGACUUUAGCCCCGUUCAUCUUACUGGUACCAAGGCUCGACACCUGGGCAGCUGGAUGCUCGAAGUUGAUGCCGGCGAGGAGGCGACGAAACAGGCGCUUGACGACAAGAAGUAUCUGCGCGGCUUGCCUAGUCGAGUCAAGGAUGUACCUGGUAUCCGAAUGGAAGUCAACGGCGAUGACACCACUAUUACUGUGCGUGACAAGUUUCCCCCAGGAAGUAUCGCCCUAUUCGAGACCUGGAUCCCUGCGGCCGAACAUUCCUCUGGUCUGGACAACUAUGUCACCUCAGGUGCCAAGGCUGCAUGGAGUGAACUCAGCUUGUCUGAUCUCAACUUCUUGAUGUACAGAUGUGAAGCCGAAGAGCGAGCUGAGAGCGACGGACAAGACGGCGUUUACGAUAUCCCCGGGCAUGGAAAGCUUGUUUACGCUGGUCUCCAGGGAUGGUGGAGUAUUCUCAAGAACAUCAUCAAGGAGAACAACCUGGCUCAUCCGUUGUGCCAGAACCUUCGUGACGGUGAAUGGGCUUUGGAUUUCAUUCUGGCCAGAUUGCAACGAAUCAGUGCCACCCCCGGAAAUGAGGCCCUUGCAGGACCUUUGAGGUGGCUACAAGAGCGAUUUGAUGCGAUUCGAAAGAUCCCCAGCUUCCUGCUUCCGCGAUACUUUGGUCUUGUCUUGCGCACUGCUUACACGGCAAGCUGGGAAAGGUCUCUAGAGCUCAUGAAUGCCAGCGUGCGAGACGGUCAGUGGUUCCUCCAAAGCUUAGCUAUGGUCAGUGUUCAACAGGUCGGCUAUGUCAAGUCGGCAUCUUUGUGGCCCAAUAAGCUGGUUCCUUCCUUGGCCGCUGGCCUUCCCCAUUUCGCUGUUGAAUGGGCCAGAUGCUGGGGUCGAGAUGUGUUCAUCGCCCUCCGUGGCCUUCUUCUCGGCACUGGCCGUUUCGAUGACGCCAAGGAACACAUUCUUGCGUUUGCUAGCGUGUUGAAGCACGGCAUGAUUCCCAACCUUCUCAGCAGUGGUGAUGCUCCCAGAUACAACUCUCGCGAUUCUAUCUGGUUCUUCCUUCAGUGUAUCCAGGACUACACACGCUUUGCUCCUGAGGGUCUUGACAUCCUUAAGGCUAAGGUCAAGCGUCGUUUCCUCCCUUACGACGAUACUUGGUUCCCUACCAGUGACGAGAGGGCAUACUCCAAGGAGAGCACCAUUGAGGAAGUGAUCCAAGAAGCGCUCCAAAGACAUGCUUCUGGAAUGAAAUACCGGGAGGCCAACGCUGGUCCCCAAAUUGAUUCGCAAAUGAAGGACGAAGGCUUCAACCAGGAGAUCCAUGUUGACUGGAGCAACGGUAUCAUCUUUGGUGGCAAUCAACACAACUGUGGUACCUGGAUGGACAAGAUGGGUGAGAGCGAGCGAGCAGGCUCUAAGGGUGUUCCUGGUACUCCUCGUGAUGGUGCUGCCAUUGAGAUCACUGGUAUGCUAUACAGCACUCUGGACUGGCUUGCUGGUCUCCACGGUCAAGGAAAGUAUGCGUACGCAGGUGUUGAGAAACCCGACGGUGGCUCUAUCUCGCUUAGCGACUGGGCCAGUCUACUCAAGGACAACUUCGAGCGCUGCUACUAUGUUCCUAUCUCGCCCGAUGAUGACUCCAAGUACGACGUCAACACCCCCAUCGUCAACCGCCGUGGAAUCUACAAAGAUUUGUACAAGUCUGGCAAGGAGUAUGAGGAUUACCAGCUACGUCCCAACUUUGCCAUUGCUAUGACCACUGCACCGGGCCUCUUUGAUCCUGAACACGCGAUGCACGCUCUGUGUGUUGCCGAUGAGGCACUCCGAGGACCUCAAGGAAUGGCGACUUUGGACCCUGCGGAUCUCAACUACCGUCCCUACUAUGUCAACAGUGAAGAUAGUGAUGACUUUGCAACAAGCAAGGGCCGCAACUACCACCAGGGACCUGAGUGGAUCUGGCCUACUGGAUUCUUCCUCCGAGCCCUGCUCAAGUUCGACUUGAAGAGAAGAACAACUACCGAAGGUCGCACCGAGGCGUUCCAGCAGGUCACCAGAAGACUUGGUGGAUGCAAGAAGAUGAUCCAGGAGAGCCCCUGGGCUGGUCUUCAGGAGUUGACACAGAAGAACGGCGAAUACUGCGCUGACUCGAGCCCUACACAAGCUUGGUCGGCUGGUUGUCUAAUUGAUUUGUAUAUGGAUGCCGUGGAAGAACAGAAUGCGGCGUAG